ACAGCUCUGACAUGUAUAUAAACUCUGAGCUCUGCAAAGCCCACUGCCAGUUCUCUUCGUGGACUCACUGCAACGGAGAGACUAAAGAUGAUUCCUUUCUUACCCAUAUUUUCUCUACUCUUGCUGUUUGUUGUUAACCCUGCAAAAGCCAAUGGCCAUUAUGAUAAGGUCUUGGCUCAUAGCCGUAUCAGGGCCCGGGAACAGGGCCCAAAUGUCUGCGCUCUUCAACAGAUUUUGGGCACCAAAAAGAAAUACUUCAGCACUUGUCGGAACUGGUAUCAAGGUGCCAUCUGUGGAAAGAAAACGACUGUACUAUAUGAAUGUUGCCCUGGUUAUAUGAGAAUGGAAGGAAUGAAAGGCUGCCCAGCAGUUUGCCCAUCGACCAUGUUUAUGGCACUUUGGCAUCGUGGACACCCACAACACAGCGCUAUUCUGAUGUCCAAAACUGAGGGAAAGAUCGAAGAGCAGGAUCAUUCAACUUACUCGCACCAAGUAACGACGCUUGGGACAAUUUGA